CUAGAUCUAUACAUCUCAGUAUUUAGCUAAAAUAUUUGAUCCUUAAUUAUAUAUUAGAUGGGUAAAUAACCUCAUUAUGUCGUAAUUAAAGAAACACUAUAUUUUGUUUAAAAAAAUUGACUGACUACUUGUCGAGUAAGAAAAGGGAAACCGGAGGCUCAUUUGCCACUUCAAUAUUUGUAGACAAACGGAGGCUCUCAGGAGGAGGAGAGUGUGAGUUGAGUGGAGUGGAGGAAAAUAAUUAAUCACCUUCUAGUUGCUCCUUUGCUCAGAUGGCGUCUCCAUUCCAAGUAAGUUACUGUAGUAAGCAAAUGUCAGAGAAGGGUACACAAAAGAUUUCUGACCUUGAUGGUGUAUUAGAAGUUUCAAGAUCCAUGAGACAUGUUCGGCCGGCUCACUACCUCUUCAAAAUAGAGGCUUUCUCAUUGCUCUCCGAAUUUGACGUUGAAAAAUGGGAGUCUGAUGAUUUUGAAUCCGGUGGCUAUAAGUGGGGAUUGUGCCUUUAUCCAAAUGGAGAUGAGAAGAGAAAUGGAAAUGGUCACAUAUCACUCUACCUAGUUAUAAGGGAUACAAAUAGUCUUCCUCCUGGUUGGGAGGUGUAUGUGCAGUUCAAAUUAUUUGCCCUCAAUCAUAUACAAGACAAGUAUCUAACUGUCCAAGAAGGUAAAACGAGAUGCUUUCGUGCCAUGAAGACCGAAUGGGGUUUUCCCCAAUUCCUUUCACUUGACUCCUUCGAAAACACACAAAGCGGGUACCUCCUUGACAACUCUUGCGAAUUUGGAGCAGAGGUUUUCGUCAUCAAAUAUGAUGGCAAAGGGGAGUGUUUAUCCAUAGUGAAAGAACCCAGUGAUAACACCUUCACAUGGAAGAUUAACAAAUUCUCAACAAUCACCGACACUAAUCUUCACUCUGAGGAGUUCAAAGUGGGGGACCACAAGUGGAAGCUAUCGUUGUAUCCUAGAGGACAACAAAAUUCAAGUGGAGAUAAUAUAUCCCUCUUUUUGGUUGCGGUUGAUCAUACAAAGCUUCAUCCUCAUCGAAAACUGUAUGCCAAAUACAAGCUGCGGGUAAGGAACCAGGUUGGGCAUGCGCACCUUGAGAAAGAAGCUUGUUGCGGGUUCUCUGCAUCAGUUGGCGAUUGGGGAUUCUGGGACUUUAAGAAAUUGAGCCAUCUGAAUGACCCAUCAGAAGGAUACGUAGUCAAGGAUACUUUAGUUGUUGAAGUUGAAAUUAUGGCCAUGUCUGUGCUUAAGAAGUUUCCUUAAAACUUACUAUUACAGUGAACAUAACUAUGUAGCCAAAAACUUUUGAAUAUAUAUGUUCUUAUUUCCACCCCGUAAUUCUUACUUGUCUUCUCUCUGUAU